AUGUCGCUGCGGGCGCUGCGGGCGCUGCCGCUGCUGCUGCUGGCCGGGCUGGGAGCGGCGUGCGCGGAGGAGAGCGCGGGUGCCGGCCCCGCUGUCCCCGCUGUCCGUCUGUCCCGCCGUUACUCCGAGGCCACGCUGGCCAGCGAUUACAGCCGCACCAUGGACCACGUCCUGCGCAAGAACUUCGUGGAGUGGCUGCUGGCCCGGCGCGAGAAGAAAAGCCAUGACGGCGCGGAGCUGCUCAGGAGGGAGGCGGAGACCCCAAAAGGGGCCGGGGAUGGGGAAAAUUCCGAUUUUGGAACCCCGGGAGCCAAAACGUUCCUGGGGUGGCUCUGGAAAAACCGGGAAAAGCAGAGUUUUCCAGCUCUGGAAGGCUCCGAGGGCCUGAGGGAAUUUUGGGAGCAGGAAUUCCUGACGUGGCUGCUGUCGGGCGAGCUCUGCAGGCCCACGGCCGCAUAACUCCAGGAUUUCCAUGGAAUUCUCACGGGCACGGCGGGAGGAAGCAGGUGGUGAAAUAAAGGAGAAAUCAUAACAAAA